GCCCGAGUAACGAGAGAUGAGUUGUACAACAAACGAACAAAAUGAACGCAUACGGACUUGACGAGAAGAACAAGGGUGGUGAUGUUGGUGUCAGCGUUGACGCGGCCGAUCUCGGCUCAAACGCUCCAUCCUAUCAUCGCAGAUUCUCAGAACGUCCUCUAGAGACAGUCGAGAAAUUCGAAAAGGCAGUUCGCUCCCAGCAGCGUCACACUCGCAACCCAUCCGAUCAAAUCGAUAUGCUCGACUCGUCACUUUUCGGGGUCGUCAAGAAGGGCGGAAGGCCAUUACACCACAGCGGACCCUACGACGCAGCGAUGAAGCCCGAGGUAUUGGAGGCUACAGCACUUGGUAACCAACUUGCCCUCGAAGCAACCCCACAACGAAACAUCGAGGAGGCAAUCCAAAACCACGUCCCCCUCGAUGGCACCGCCGCCAUCCCCCCCGGCGUCGGCGGCAUGACCUACACCGAGCAGGACAUUGAACAAGAUGAAGGUCUGGGUCAAUAUCCCGGCGUCACGUACGACUCCGGCGACACCGAACGCCGCGGGCAAGGAAACUGGGACGGAGCCUUCGCGAGUCAGUAUCGUGAUGAUGGCGAGGCGACGGAGGAGAAGGUACGGAGGAGGGAUGGGAAGGGUGAUGUGCAUUUUGUGGAGGAGGAUAUUAGGGAGGAGGAGGCGGAGGGGGUGUCGAGGAGUAAGAGUUUGAGAGGGGCUGUUAGUGGGUUGAAGAAGAGGUUGUCGAUCAAGAGGCAUAACUAGAUGAGAGCAGAGGCAGUGCAUGGAAGAUUGUAUGAGUAUUGGAUUAGAGUUAUGGAGUUGGAUAGAUGAGGUUGGUUGGCUU